UCUUCACCGGAAGUUGUUUUUUUUUGCUCUGUGUUGCGAGUCCCGGGAGAUGAUGCGUGUUAUCUAAUAGUACAGGCAUAAAGGCACCGUUUGGUCGCAAAGACCUCUUAAAGACAAACAUGCCAUCACGUUGCAGUAUGGAAAUUGUCAGCGUACUAAUAUUUGAUGGAGACGAUCGCAUUCUUUUAGAAAAUUUCCAAAAUCGUGGACUGUGGUUGCCCACAGAGCAGAAGCAGGAAUCGUCAACUCUUCUUUCUGCUGUACAGAGAAUUGUUGAUACUUGGCUGCUAAAUCAUAAGUGAACUACUUUUUUUAAACAAAACACUCUAGUACACUGACCAAAAGGAUGCUCUGAGAGGUGUUUUGAGAACCAACUUCACCCGGUUUGCAGAUGCUGCACCAAUUGUUCAUGUUACAUUUUGGGCUGGGCCCAUUUCGAAGGAAAAUAUAAAGUUUGUGGCAGGUAGCCAGUGGAUGACAGUUGAGGAGAUGAAACAAAAUCUGGAAGAUGCCCUUAAUCCAGGCCUGAUGGGACUUGAGCCAGUCAAGUUUUUUACUCAGAUUGAAGAAGAACACAACAUGCCAAUGUCUUCACUUGGGGAGACAACCCUGGAGUACAUUGAAGGACCUGCAGAUGGCUCCCAGCAAACACCACAACAGGCUUUGCUGAAAUCAGCCAAACUUGGCCGGAAGGAGCAAGAGCUGCUGUUUCAAGAGUUCAUGGAGACAUGCCAGCCUAGCCACUACAUGAAUAGAGCCACAUUCAAUGUGUACAUGACCACUUUGAAAGGUGCACGGCCAGAAAUGGUUGAUGGAUUAUUCAGAGCCUUUGAUGUGCACAGACAUCAUUUGCUGACAUUCAAGGAGGUGCUUAUAGGAUUGGCAACACUAGAGCCAUGCACACAGCAUGGUGGCGCACCAGCAGAGUUACGAUGUCGCUACAUGUUUCGCUACUAUGAUGCUAAUCAUGAUGGAUACCUGCAGUUUGAGGAAUUUAAGAACAUGGUACGAGACAUUCGAGACCACAAGGGCUUGCCAAACGAUGAACAGUCCCUAAGAGAGGAUGCUAUAAAUAGUGCCAAGCUGUUUGGAGAAGACACAAAAGACAUGCUACCUAGCGCCGAGUUUCUGUCAGCAGUUGGUACGCUCAAGUUUCGUGGCACUUCUAUUUUGUUUCGGUUACCUCAGUCCUGUAUGGCUCAGCUAAAAAAGAGAGACUCCAGCCCAUGCAGCGAUAGUGACAGCGGAGAAGAACCACCUGCUAAAAAACAACGCCCAAAACUUAUUGAUUCUAAGAAACCCAAGGGAUCCUCAGAUAAUGGUGAAGUGAGUAUUUUCAAACAGCCAGAAGGAAGAGCACCAUCUUCGCAAGGCAAGUCACCAAAGUACGAGCUGGCUACACACACAGUGCGAGUAAGGAGAACUGGUUCUUUGGCUGAGGUCAUGGCCCUUUGGGAUCUGCAAGGAACAUCAGCUGUUAGUGGAAGUGCUGUUCACCACUUGGAGGGUGACAUCUCCCGCGUUCAACGUAUGCCUUCAAUAGAUUCUUUCAACCUGAGAUCACAUGCCAAUGAAAUGUUGUCAGGUCUGCGAUACUUUGAACGAGCAGUAAAAGGAGAAGGAGAAAAGCAUAAGCCUGCAUUUGACUGGGGACAGGUGGACAGGUCAGCCUUAGCUCGCUGUCUUCUAACACUGUGCCAACAGGUGCGAGAAGUGCUUAUGGAUGAGCCACGACUGAUAAAAAUCAGAUCUCCUACCUACAUCCUUGGUGACAUCCAUGGCAACUAUUGCGACCUUGUAUCUUUUGAGAAGGCACUGUGGCGCCUAGGGCCAGUAUUAACUCCAGCAAAUUUCCUCUUUCUUGGUGACUAUGUAGACAGAGGUGACUAUGGUGUAGAGGUUGUAGCAUACCUGGUGGCACAAAAAAUGCUAGCACCUCACAAGUUUUUCCUGUUGCGUGGAAAUCAUGAACUGCGCUCAGUCCAAGAAAUGUUCCAUUUCAAAUCGGAGUGUCUGGAGAAGUUUGGGGAAGAUAUUGGCCUGCAGGUGUGGGAUGCAGUCAAUGAUUGCUUUGACGCCAUGCCUCUUGCAGCUACUGUGGACGAUAGAGUUUUCUGUGUGCAUGGGGGAAUACCCAGCCCAGAAAAUGAAGGUGGAGGCUACAUUGAAGCAAUCAAUAAAAUUCCUGUUCCACUGCCAGAUCCAGAGGCAGAGAGUCCUGUGGCUUGGGAGAUCCUUUGGAGCGAUCCCAUUAGUCUCGAUUUGAUGACACCGGAAGUCAUGAGGGAUAUGAGAGAACACCAUGGCUUCACAUUUAACACGCGUCGUGGCACUGCCCACUUCUUCAGCUGCAAUGCAUUAUUCAGCUUCUUGGAGCGAAAUGGUUUGUCACAUGUCAUCCGAGCUCAUGAGGUGCAGGAGGUGGGAUUCCAGGUGCAGCAGCAGGGGAAACUACUCACUGUAUUUUCGUCCUCUCGAUACUGUGGAGGGUCUAACGAAGCUGCUUGUGUUUUAGCUGAUAACUACAAACUGCGAAUGAUUCGCAUAGACACUACAUGAUCAUACAAAGCUUGUGCUUAGAUAAUUCUAUGUUGCUCAGAUGGACUCAAGUGUCGGAUGUCUUUAUAUCACAUGAAUGUUUUGCAGAUUUUUAUCAAGCAAGCAGGCUGUGUUUGGGUUAAGAGAAUGGACUUAUUGUCUGUAGGUUCACUUUUCGUGAUGGAAAAGUAUUAUAUCACUGUUCCUUGUACUGUCACAGCAGGAUGGAAGGAGAAUGCUGGACAAAAUUUUGACCGGUGUCAUCCAAGUGCACUUUUUUCCUUUGAGGGAAAAAUGCUUCUAAAAGAUUAUAAUUUACUGUUAAGAAAUAGUUCAUUAUUUCUAAUGUUUGUGAAUUAUUCAUUUGUAAAAUUGCCAAGAGGUUUUUAUGGUAUGCUUGAUUUGGGGAGGGAAGGAUGUUGAAGAAAAGGAUGAAAUAUUUUAUAAGCUGUUGUCAGCAUUAGGUGCAUGCUGUCAUAGUCAUUAUCUUGUCUCUUUCACUAUCUUUCUGUCUUUCUCACUCACACUGACAUGCACACACACACACAUAUGUGUCAUGAAUUCUUUGCCUCUUUUUCUCAUUUUCCCAGCCUUCGUUUUCUUCCUCUUGUUCUCUGUGUUCUAUUUUGUUUGCAGGUAGUAUGGUGGCAAAACAGAUAACAGUUCUUUUCACCAUUACAGUUAUGAAUUGGGUAUCUUGAAUUCAGAUUUAAUUUGGGACACCCUGUUCUGUCUCUUUGUGUGUAACCUGUUUUUCUGGCUUGCUAUAAAUUACUACCCCUCCCAUCUUUGCUUGCAAUUGUUUGGAAACUUCUCCUCCUUAAGAAUUUCUGUAGAAUACUCAUCAUCAUAUCUGAAUAACAUUAUUGUCAUGUGGAUUUGCAUUCAGAACAAAAGUUUUCAUUUUAAUUUAAUUUUUCAAUUUUCUUGCACAUGUUUUUCUGUUGAUGCUUUCCACAUUUUUGGGCGACAGCCCAUUUUUAAUGGGGGCAGAUAGUAUGGAUUGUGGUCUCUAAACUAGAGAUUGGGAUAUUGUAAUGUGAAGUCAUCAGUUAAACCUUGUGCUACAGUCACUUCAACCUGGUAAGUGCAGUCAUCUGCAGUUUCAUAUGUUCACAAAUUUUCUUAAUGGGUUUUAGAUAAAUCACAUGGAUGUGCAAGACUGGGACUGCAGUCAAAUGUUAUGUGUUUAAGAGCUUGAUUAUGAUUGUUAUCAGUCCUAUAUCCACGGUGAUUGCUGGAAUUGAAUGUAUGGAAAGGAGAUUUUUACUGAAUUAAGAACCAAAAAAAAAUUGUCAGGACUCAAUAGCACACUUUCUUAGUAACGUGGUGCCAGUGUGGUAGGCAUGGAGGGGGUAUUCAAACUCGGACAUUCUUUGUUUUUAAUUAAAGGGCACUCUUUGCUCCAUUACUUUAAAAACAUUUAGUUUUCAGCAUUCUGUUGCUGAUUCAGCUUUCAUUUGUGUAUGUGUUUUGUUUUGUUUGCAAUGAUAGUUACUGUGCCUGAAUGUUCAUGAUACUGCUUUAUUCUGAGAGAAUGAAAAGAGCAUAAUGUAUAGUCAUGCUGUUACAGAAUGAAGGCAGUAUGCUUCUUUUAUUUACACAGCAUUUAGUCUCCGUGCUGAUUAUCACGGUCUUUACUACACUGGAAAUGAAAAUCAUCAAAAGUGUUUUCUCAUAGUUUGAAGCAAAAUUCUUGGCACAGCAUACACAAUUUCACUUUUGCAGUAAAUUGUCAUGUAUCAGGAUAUUUCGAGGUUGUCAAGGAAGAGCAUCGUCCCCCCCCAGUUAACAUGCUCUGAAGUUUUUUUUUCACAGGUAACUUAUCAUUCAGAAGUUUCUCAGGUGCUGCUAUAUCAUCUGAGUGUCUUCUGCUUGCACUCUGAGUAUCUCAGAGUGGACAAAGGCAGCAUUGCAUUUUGUAAAAGAAACACUUUGGCGGUGCUAGAAUGAAUGCUGAAGCUUUCCUAUGCAUGUUUAUGUUGCAUGUUUUAUCCAGCUGGCAACACGAGUGGGUUUUUCUUUGUAUCUUUCAGAUGUUCUUCUACAGAAAGCAAUAAAUUUGGCCAGUUGAGGGUAGGAUCCUGAGCAUGAUUGGUUUACGUGUGUGCAUGAGUGAGAGAUUAUAUAUUAGGGGUGUGUGCAUGCACCUGCCUACAAACAGAAAAUAAAACUCCAACAGUAUUUUUAAACUUUAAAGCAGAAUAAAGUCUAUCUUUCCUACAGUAUUCAGUUCAUCAUAUUUCAUUUAUCAUUCAUUUUUGUCAUCUUCAUUCACUUUUGUACAUUUAGACUCUAUAAGAUCAGAAUCUGUCGAAAAUAUUUUUGUGUACUAUAGAUAGGUAGGUAAGGAAAUUUAGCAUGACCAGCUGUGUUCUCUCUUCUGAGUUAGCAUCUGUGUAAACCUCAUUUUAAGUUUUAUGGGCAUUGACAUUUAGAAGAAACUUAGAUUGUUUUGUACAUUAUCCACAUGCAAGAUGCCAAAUGAAAUUUAAGUUCUCCUAUAAGCUUAUGUAAUUAUCAAAGUUUGUGUGCAGAUUAUCACAGUAGUGAUACUUAUUAAAUGCUAGUAAGUGCAACUCAUUUUCCUAUCAACUUAAUAGUAAAUGUUUUGAUGCAUUGCUGUAUUGUGCACAUUCAGCUGUCCUCAUCUUUCAUACCAACAGUUGUCUAACUUGUACUAGUCAGUAUCACUAGCAUAAAUUUCUAUACUGCUUGUCAAUUUUUCUUUUUGAAUGAUUUUUUUUUUUUUAUAGAUUGUAUAGUGUCCUUAUAUUGCCAUAUGUAAGAUAACUUGGCAUGUCGGAUAGAAAUGCAAAAUUUAAAUAAUUUUUCAAAGAGCAGAUUUUUCAUGUAAUACAUCUAAUGCUGUUUGUGUUUCUAUAAACUGUUGAUCCUGACCCUUUAUGAUUUUACAUUCAAUUUUAGCUUUGCAUGUUUUUACUUCAAGCAUGUUGACCUCUGAUAAUCAGUAUGUAAUGAUCAUCACAUUGCCCCCCACCACAUAUCCAUAGCUCUUAUGUCAUUUUCAUGCAGCAUAUUGCUGUCCCUUUUAAGAAGUGGGGUGUAAAUAUUGAAAGGUAGUGUUUGUUUUUUUUUUUUUGUAUGCAAACAGUUUGUAUAUUUCUAUCAGAA